CGCACUGCUCGAGCUCGUCUCGUUCGCUCGUGAAGCGGCUAGCUGCAUCUUCUGUAGCCCCACAUCCAUGCUCUAGCCGGCGGGGAGGAGUCACGAGAGAGCUCGGCUGAACACAGGAAAACAUCACUGAUGGCCUCCCCGCUCAAAGUGUGCAUCGUCGGCUCCGGAAACUGGGGCUCGGCCAUCGCCCGGAUAAUCGGAAACAAUGCCACGUCGCUGCGUUUCGCCACCACGGUGAAGAUGUGGGUGUUCGAGGAGAACGUCGACGGCAGGAAGCUCUCCGACAUCAUCAACACGGAGCACGAGAACGUCAAGUACCUGCCCGGAUACAAACUGCCGGAGAAUGUGGUGGCUGUCCCGAAGCUGCGGGACGCCGCGGAGGGAGCCGACCUGCUGGUGUUCGUGGUCCCCCACCAGUUCAUCCGCAACCUCUGCGACGAGAUGGUGGGCUGCGUCUCUGCCAAAGCUCGGGGGAUCACACUCAUAAAGGGUAUAGAUGCGGGUCCUGGGGGCCUGAAGCUCAUCUCCGACAUCAUCCGAGAGAAGAUGGGGAUUGACGUCAGCGUCCUCAUGGGAGCAAACAUCGCCAACGAAGUGGCCGACGACAAGUUCUGUGAAACCACUAUCGGCAGUAGGAUUCUGGAGAACGGCCUGCUGUUCAAAGAGCUGCUGCAGACUCCAAACUUCAGAAUCACAGUGGUGGAUGAUGCUGAUACAGUGGAGCUGUGUGGAGCGCUGAAGAACAUCGUCGCGGUGGGCGCGGGCUUCUGCGACGGGCUGCAGUGCGGCGACAACACCAAGGCGGCCGUGAUCCGCCUGGGGCUGAUGGAGAUGAUAGCCUUCGCCAAACUCUUCUCCAAGAACAGCACCGUCUCCACGGCCACCUUCCUGGAGAGCUGCGGCGUGGCCGACCUCAUCACCACGUGCUACGGCGGCCGCAACCGGCGAGUGGCGGAGGCCUUCUCUAAAAUGGGGAAGAGCAUCGAGGAGCUGGAGAAGGAGAUGUUGAACGGUCAGAAGCUGCAGGGUCCUGCCACCUCAGCCGAGGUUUACCACAUCCUCAAACAGAAGGGCCUGGUGGACAAGUUCCCUCUGUUCACGGCGGUCUAUCAGAUUUGUUUCGAUGGGAAGCCGGUCCAAGAGAUGAUCUCCUGCCUGCAGAGCCACCCGGAGCACAUGUGAUCAACACAGUCACACCAAGGUUCAGCUUUAGGUACUAAUGCUGUCAUAAAAAAGACAAUGACCUUUAUCAAUUCUAGUUAAACCGAUAUGGACGAAUGAAAGAUCAUUUUGGACCAAAUACCUCUAUUCACCAUUUUUACAAAAUAUUUACACAAUGAGGUUUUUGAUAAAUUAUCAUCAGUGAUGUGGAUAUAGUGACUACUAUAUGGCAAGUAAUGUUGACAGUAAUGGCAAGUAAUAGAACAUUUAAAACCAGAAAAACACAACACUUAUGCCAUAUAACGAUAUCCAAAUCUAAGACGAUGUCUCAUAUCCUGAGAUAUAUCCACAUUUCAUUUCUUUAAUAUCAGAGUUAUCGUCAGUACCGGUAUAUCCCAACACCCCGAACCUUUGCAAACAUUUCCAGGUUUGCAGAUAUUUGAAAUGGAAACUGUUUUCUUACUGUGACAGUACAGUGGUUUUCUCUAGUGACUUUCUUAAAUAUCAACAUGUAGGUGCUGUCCAUUACUUGAGACGACUCAGAAAUAUCAGCCACUCCGAGCCAGUCUGCUCAUACUGGUGCACGUUAGUUAUGUCCUGCACAAGCACAACAGCAAUGGACAUUUACUUUGUGUGUCUCAGUAUUUUUAUAACCUCACAGGGUUUGUAUUCGUACGUUUUCACUGCCACUCAGGGGAACAUACAUUAGUGUUAAACAUUGUCAAAAGGAAUAAAAAUAAUAAUAAAAAACGACCCUCACAGUAUCCUUCCUGGGACAUCUAGCACUAUACAUUUUAAUAUUCUGCCUCUUAAAUGUCUGUUAAUCAUGCCUUUGGAUAAACCAGCAUUAGCUCAGUGUUCCAUAUAUCAGGUGUGUUUCUGUGAGCGUUUCUCUCUGAACUGCCAAACUGUUGCCAAGUAAGAAGUAGUAAGUCGAAGUCUUGUAUAGAGUUCUCUUCUAUGUAACUGUUUGGUUCAGUGUCCUCUCAGUCCAGUUGGGUCUGUCACAGAUGCUUCCCGUUGGAACGUUUAGGGAAGCGGCUGUGCACCAGCUUGAACCCUGAAUUAUUUUGUUUGUCCUGUAAAAGUGAAAUGUGUCCAUUAAAGCAUUAAUCUCA